AGAAACAUGGGAAGGUCUCCUUGCUGUUCAAAGGUUGGAUUGCACAGAGGUUUUUGGACUCACAGAGAGGACACAUUGCUUACCAAAUAUAUUGAAGCUCAUGGUGAAGGCCAUUGGAGAUCCUUACCCAAAAAAGCUGGCCUCUUUAGGUGUGGGAAGAGUUGCAGACUAAGAUGGAUGAAUUACCUAAGGCCAAACAUCAAGAGAGGAAACAUUACUUCAGACGAAGACCACCUAAUUAUCCGACUGCAUACACUUCUCGGAAACCGCUGGUCUCUCAUAGCUGGUAGACUUCCCGGUCGGACCGAUAACGAGAUCAAGAACUACUGGAACACCAAUCUCAGCAAAAGGCUCAUGACCGAUGGAACUGACCCAAACACACACCAAAAAAUAUCUCAGUCUCCGGCUCCCAAGGAAAACAAUAAGAAUAAGCAGACCCAUAAAGCCAAGAACACGAGCAGUACUGAAAAACGCUUGGUGCCCAAGAAACCUAAGGUCCAUUUCCCCAAACCCACCAGGGUCACUUCCUUUGUUAACUUACUAAGAAACGAUAGGUUAACCAGAGCUAGGACUACUGUACCUAAUGUUGCAGCUGGUGGUGAUAACCACACUUUGGAAAAUACUUAUUACGAGGAGUAUCUGCAAGCCCUUCUGAAUACCGUAGAUCAAGAUCAGAACUAUCAAGUUGAGUUUGAAUCGUUUGCUGAAUCGCUGCUGAUCUGA